GUAUACCCCGCUCGUGAUUUCGCCCGGUCGCAGGCAAGGACACAGCAAUCGACUGCAGUGUCAACCUCUCCAGACUUCUUCGUUUCCCCUUCUCGUUUGUCCUACAUAGCGUGCCUGCAAGAGGCCUGAUCAUUUUAUCUUCACGGUUUUUUCACCAGCUAUGCCUUCCCCUCCAAAACCAUGGGAGCGCAAUGGUGCCACACCCGCUACAGCUUUACCAGCAUCUGCAACCACGACGUCCUCGUCGACUAGCGCGCCUAUGGCAUCAGUCACAACUUCAAACAACACGACAGCCAACCCGUCCCUUCCUGCGCGACCCGCAGCCUUGACAAAUGUUUCUGCAACUUCGACCCUUGCUGCAAAUCCGCUAGGGUCUACUUCUACCUCCGCAUACUCUCCUUAUAACCGUCUCUCGUCGUACAGCAACUCCAUGUACGGCGGCGGUGGAAUGGGUGGACUAGGCAGCUAUGGCUCGUACGGUGGCAUGGGCAUGGGAUCGUAUGGCAUGGGAGGGGGAUAUGGAUCAUAUGGCGGAGGCUAUGGCAGUUAUGGCGGCAUGGGUGGCAUGGGUGGCAUGGGCUACGGCGGUGUGGGCAUGGGCGGCGGCAUGUACGGUCAACCCAUGAACCCCUUCGAUCCCAACAACCCACAGAUGAAUCCCACUCUCACACAGACCCUCGAAUCUACAACCCAGCAGACAUUUGCCCUCCUUCACUCCGUCGUACAGACAUUCGCUGGCCUAGCACAGAUGCUGGAGAGCACUUUCAUGGCCACCCACUCUUCUUUCUUUGCUCUUGCAGGCGUGGUCGACCAGUUUGCGAUGCUGCGAAACGCGCUCGGGGGCGUCUUAGGUCUGUUUGGGCUCGUGAGGUGGAUGAAGGACCUGUUGCUCGGCACGCGAGGGUCGCGCAGUGGAGCAAUGCGAGGAGAGUUCAAAGACUUCAUCGGUGGUAAGCCAGUCCAAGGACCACACCUGCCUGGGCAACCCCCACAGCCCAGAGCCAGCCGAAAACCGCUCGUUAUAUUCUUCCUCGCCAUCUUCGGCGUGCCAUACGCAAUGCACCGACUCGUCAAGAUCAUCACCGAACGGCAGCGCCAACAGCAGCAGCAACAACAGAAUCCUCAACUCCUCGCAUCGUCAUCCAAUCAACAACUUGCUGGCGCAGCAGGGUUGCCUCCUCUGGAUCCUUCACAACUCACUUUUGCACGAGCGCUCUAUCCAUUCACAGCGACAACACAGGCGGAACUCAGUCUGAAGAAGGACGAGAUCGUAGCGAUCAUGGGGAAGUUGGAUCCGGAACGCGGUGUUGAGGUUGAUCCGAGAGUGCAGCUAGAGAGUGGAGAGGGAGAGUGGUGGCGGGGCCGUACGAGGGAAGGACGAGAAGGGUGGUUUCCGAGAGUGUGGGUUGAGGUUUUGGAAAGGAAGGUGACUUUGAGGAGCUCUGAUUCCUGA